AAAAAAAAAUAUACAAAAAUACCCACGGUCGUGGUUAUUCCCCAGUUUACAUUUGCAAGUACAUCACAGAAAACGACAAGAUGACCUCGCCUUCAAAGACCGUGUCGAAGUCGACUGCACCAAAGGUUCUCAAGCCAUUCAACAAUGGAGAAAUCAAGAUAUUGUUGUUGGAAGGUGUGAACAAGACGGGUAUCAACAUUUUGCAAAAUGCUGGCUAUCAGGUCGAAACGCAUGCGAAAGCACUUUCGCCUGAAGUUUUGAAAGAGAAAAUCCGAGACGUUCACGCCAUUGGUAUUCGUUCCAAAACCCAACUGACAGCCGAAAUUCUUGGUGAAGCGAAGAAGCUGCUUGCUAUUGGCUGUUUCUGUAUUGGCACCAACCAAGUCGACCUCGACUACGCCGCCGCCCACGGUAUCGCCGUGUUCAACUCUCCCUUUUCCAAUUCACGCAGUGUAGCUGAGCUCAUGAUUGCCGAGAUAAUUGCUCUCUCCCGACAAUUGGGAGACAGAAACAAGGAGCUUCACAACGGGGUUUGGAACAAGACCUCCAAGAACUGCAAUGAGAUUCGGGGCAAGACGUUGGGUAUUGUAGGAUAUGGACAUAUUGGUGCACAGUUGUCGGUUUUGGCUGAUGCCAUGGGCAUGUCGGUCAUAUUCUACGAUGUGCUACAAAUCAUGCCUCUGGGUACAGCCCGUCCAGUGCCAACACUAGACGAUCUGCUCUCAACGGCCGACUAUGUCUCGCUUCACGUCCCCGAAACCGAUGACACCAAGAACAUGAUCGGUGCUCGCGAAUUGAGUCUGAUGAAGCCGGGAUCUUACCUCCUUCAAGCGUCCCGUGGAACCGUUGUGGAUAUCCCUGCUUUGGCAACUGCUCUUCGUAACGGUCAUUUAGGCGGUGCUGCUGUGGACGUGUACCCCGUCGAACCCUUUGCCAACGGUCCAAACUUUGAAAGCGAGUUGAAGGGCUGUCCCAACACGAUUUUAUCCCCUCAUAUUGGUGGGUCAACUGAGGAGGCACAAUCCUCCAUUGGUGUCGAGGUUGGAUCAGCAUUGGUGCGGUACAUCAACAACGGAACAACACUGGGAGCCGUCAACUUCCCCGAGUGCGAUGUAAGACAACCAGCUGCAGAGAGUAAGACGGUUCGUGUUUUGAAUGUUCACCACAAUGUCCCUGGUGUCCUUAAGCAAAUCAACAAAAUCCUAUCUGAGUUCAACAUCGAAAAGCAAAUCUGCGAUUCCCGCGGUCCGAUUGCGUACCUUAUGGCUGAUCUCAAUGUUGAAGAUGAAAAGGAUUACCACAGAAUUUAUGAACGGAUUGAGACCAUUUCCCAGAACAUCAGAACGAGAUUGCUGUACUAGUCUCAAUUGAUGACCUUUUUUUUUCUUGUGUAUUUUAUUGUGAUAGAUGUUCGUUGUAUUCUCGUGGAUGAUGGGUUUGAUAAAUAAAGACCUUUGAACUAGA